AUGCUCUCAUCCAUUUCUCCACGCUUUUGUCUUGACGAUGAGUUUGUUUCGCUCUCAUUCCACUCUGACCAAGCGUUGCUUUUCUUGCUUUUUUUCUACGUUUUAGGUCUCGUUAAAAUGGGCGUUCACUGUGUGACUGGAAAGAAAGUGGCUGUCAAAAUAGUAAACCGCGAGAAACUCAGCGAAAGCGUUCUACAAAAGGUCGAAAGAGAAAUUGCCAUCAUGAAAUUGAUCGAACAUCCACAUGUGCUGGGCCUGUACGACGUGUACGAAAACCGGAGACAUCUUUACCUUAUCUUGGAACACGUUUCCGGUGGUGAACUGUUCGAUUAUCUAGUUCGAAGAGGGAGACUAUCCCCGAAAGAGGCUCGGCGAUUUUUCAAACAGAUUAUUUCGGCUCUGGAUUUCUGUCACAGCCACUGCAUCUGUCAUCGAGAUUUGAAACCGGAAAACCUACUUCUUGACGAUCAACUAAACAUCCGCGUAGCCGAUUUUGGAAUGGCCUCUCUCCAACCGGAAGGAUCGCUACUGGAGACCAGCUGCGGGGCGAGAAAUACGAUGGAAGAAUGGCCGAUGUUUGGUCUUGCGGAGUUAUUCUGUACGCCCUUCUCGUGGGUGCCCUGCCAUUUGAUGAUGACAAUCUGA